AUGUCCCUCUUCAAGAUCGCCCCUGGAGUGCAGUCCUAUGACUGGGGCAAGAAGGGCUCCUCCUCGCUCGCCGCCCAGCUCGGCACCACCUCCAUUCCCGACUUCAAGAUCGACGAGAGCAAGACUUAUGCCGAGCUUUGGAUGGGCACCCAUCCCACCCUCCCCUCCAAAUUGUCCGACAAGACAUUACUCGCCGAUCACAUCAAAGCGCACCCAGAGCUUAUUGGGACACAAGUCUCGUCCAAGUUUGAAGAUUGCAAGGACGGCUCCCUACCAUUCCUGUUCAAAGUGCUCUCCAUCGGUACUGCGCUCAGUAUCCAGGCCCACCCAGAUAAGCCUCUCGCCAGAAAGCUGUUUGACGAAAGACCAGAUGUCUACAAAGAUCCCAACCACAAACCAGAAAUGGCCAUUGCCCUCACACCCUUCCUCUCUUUCCUCAACUUCUUGCCCCUCCCUGUGUUGCUCUUGCACCUCCUCACGGUUAGGGAGCUGCAUCCUCUCAUUCCUGGAUCUCUUACCGACGCUCUCGCCGGCUCAUUAAACCUUCCCACUACCCUGCCUCCCGAUGCUGCCUUGUUCAAACCCCUCGACUCUUCCCCCACACCAGAACAGAAGAACAUCUUGAAAGACAUCUUCGGCGCUUUGAUGUCUGCCGAUAAAGGUACCGUCAAGGAAGCCAUCUCGCGUCUUGUCGCUCGGUAUGAGAAGAAGGAGGAUAUUGCAGAGAACGAGAAGGAUCUGGUAGACUUGACGUUGAUGUUGAAUGAGCAGUACCCGGAGGAUGUCGGUGUGCUUUGCGUCUUCAUGCUGAAUGUGGUCGAGCUCAAGCGGGGCGAUGCCGCUUUCCUCGGCGCCAACGAGCCGCAUGCCUAUAUCCAAGAUAUCAUUGAAUGUAUGGCGACUUCGGAUAACGUCGUCCGUGCGGGCCUCACCCCGAAACUCCGGGACGUCGACACCCUCAUCUCCAUGCUCACUUACGAAGCCGCCCCAGGCGACAAACAGCUCCUCCAACCCACCCCUUUCCAAGAAGGCGACAAAUCUACCCUCCUCUACGAUCCUCCCAUUGCCGAGUUUUCGGUCCUCCGAGUAGACCUUGGCAAGGAGGGUGGAGAGGCAAAGCAGAGGGCGGUAGAAGGGCCGAGUUUGGCGGUGGUCACGGAGGGGAAGGGUGUGGUCAGCGAUGGUGGGGAAAAGAUCGAGUUUGAGAGGGGUAAUGUGAUCUUUAUUGGGGCUGGGAAGGAGGUUGUCUGGGAGAGUAAAGUGAAGGUUGAGGUGUUCCGAGCGUUCGUAGAGGCGUAG